AUGCGCGUGGACGCAGUCGUCGCCGGUCUCGGCGCGUCUCUCGACCUGCGCGUCCUCUUCGAGGCGCGCGACUUGGACGCGAAGGUGUCGCUCGAGUUCCAGCCGAGCGCGCCGUUCGUGUCGCGGUCGCGCGUGUCGCUGAUGGAGCCGCCGCGGACGUCGCUGCGGAUCGCGCCGGAGGGGCUGGGCGGGCUGAGUCUCACGGAUCUCCCGGGCGUGGACGGGUGGUUGAAGUCGGGUGCGUUCGUUCUGUUCGCGCUGCAUGCGGUCGCGGUCUCCUUCGCCGAACGUUUGCGUUUUUCACCCACCCACCCGCAACCCUCGGUUUCAACAUUUCAUCGCUUUCCCUUUCAACUGACGACCGAUACUUCGUCAGUCAUCGAGGACGCGCUCGUGAAGCACCUGGUGGAACCGAACGGGCACGUUUGGGACGUCGGGGCGUGGUGGCGGGGGAGGUGCGAGGCGGCGGCGGAGGAGGAGGCCGCGCGGGUGGAGCGCGCGGUGCGUGAGCGCGUCGGCGCGGCGUAG